UUCUGAUAGUUCUGGGAUGUUUGAUUCUGGCCAUCCUGACGACGUUCAAGGAGCACGAGAAGGUUUCUGCGCACAUGCUGGUUAUAGUGGAAACGUUUGCUAUCUUCAUCUUCGGAGCAGAGUUCGGUCUGAGGGUCUGGGCCGCAGGAUGCUGCUGUCGCUACAAAGGAUGGAGGGGGCGGCUGAAGUUCGCUCGAAAACCGCUCUGCAUUCUGGACAUCUUCGUGCUGAUCGCCUCGGUGCCCGUGGUGGCGGUGAGGAACCAGGGCAACGUUUUGGCCACGUCUCUGCGCAGCCUUCGCUUCCUGCAGAUCCUCCGGAUGCUGCGUAUGGACCGGAGGGGGGGCACCUGGAAACUGCUGGGGUCCGCCAUUUAUGCCCACAGCAAGGAGCUGAUCACGGCGUGGUACAUCGGCUUCCUGUCUCUGAUCCUCGCCUCCUUCCUGGUGUACCUGGUGGAGAAGGACGACGUCUCCAUGGAGGUUUCUGACCCCGACAACCCCACCGCGCAGCCCAAAGCGCAGGACUUCGACACGUACGCCGACGCCCUCUGGUGGGGACUGAUCACGCUGACCACCAUUGGUUACGGGGAUAAAACCCCGAAGACGUGGGCGGGCCGAUUGUUGGCGGGAACCUUCGCUCUGAUCGGAGUUUCCUUCUUCGCUCUGCCUGCAGGCAUCCUGGGGUCCGGUCUGGCUCUGAAGGUGCAGGAGCAGCACAGGCAGAAACACUUUGAGAAGAGACGACAGCCGGCCGCCGGGCUCAUCCAGUCUGCCUGGCGAUACUAUUCCACCAAUCCAAUCAGGGACGACCUUAUUGCCACGUGGAGAUUCUACGAAACGAUUAUCUCUCUCCCCUGUUUCAGGAAGGAUCACUUGGAGGGCAUAGCCAGCCAAAAAAUGAGUUUACUUGAACGUGUUCGCCUUCCCAGCGCUCGGCAAUCGAUCGGGUCGGGGAAGAGGCUCAUGGGUCCGGCCGACUCCAUCGAGGAAAGUCCGUCCAAGGAGCCCAAACCCGCCGGCUUCAGUAACAGAGAACGCUUUCGCACCGCCUUCCGCAUGAAGGCCUACACGAUGCGUCAGAGCUCUGAAGAUUCUGGAGCCCUGGCAGAUUCAGCCUUAGAGGAGCGAGGCUUCCCUCCAGAUAUCCUCAUGGAGGAAAUGAUCCCAACACUGAAACUGGUCAUCAGAGCAGUCAGGAUCAUGCAAUUCCUCUUGAACAAGAAGCGGUUUAAGGAAACUCUGAGGCCUUACGACGUCAAAGACGUGAUCGAACAGUACUCUGCUGGACACCUGGACAUGCUCUGUAGAAUUAAAUACCUCCAGACAAGGAUCGACAUGAUUCUUGCCCCUGGAGUCCCCCUCACUCCAAAAACUAAGAAAACUCAGAAAACGCCCUUUACCUACCCGUCCAAUCAGUCACCCAGGCAUGAGGCCGACAUUGCCAAAGCCGUGUCCUUGCCAGAUGCCGAAGACCAAAGCAUGAUGGGUAGAUUUGUCAGGGUGGAGAGACAGGUGGAGGACAUGGAGAAGAAGUUGGACUUCCUGGUGGACAUGCACAUCCAGCACACUGAGCACCUGCAGGUUGACUCCGCCGGCGCCGCCCACAUGACCCUGGAGACCUGCGCUCCUGCCGCAAACGGUGAAAUUCGGCGGGUUUUCCUCAACUACGCCGAGGCGUUCCCGCACAUGGCGUACCAGAUCCCUGACACCAAGGGGAAUCCGUGUUACGGUCGAGGAAGAGGAGGCGGAGAGGGGACGGGGGUAACCGUUAUUAGCCGCUUACCUCCUGAGCAUCAACACCUUCACCAACACGACCUUCCAGCCGCCAUCCCUACUUACGUUGAGCGUCCCACGGUGUUGCCCAUCAGCUCUCUGCAGGAUUUAUCUGCAGUUCCAGGAAGGACCACAGGGUGGCGGGAGGGCGAUUCGCCGCUAUCCAUGCUAUCCGUGAACCACGAGGAGCUGGAGCGGUCGCUAAGUGGGUUUAGCAUCUCUGCGGAGAGGGAGGAAGGGGAGGAUUUAUCAAUGGGGGCCGGGAACGCUAGCUGGACGAAACCCAGACCAAGCUACCUGGCAGAGGGAGAAACAGACACGGAUACAGAUCCAUUUACACCCAGUGGGGGGCCACUCCCACUAUCCUCCACUGGGGAGGGGUUUGGUGACGCUGUUUGGAACACGCCACCCUGAGAGGUGUUCGUGCAUCAUGCCUCUAAAACCCAAAUUAGUUUGAGUCGAAGCCACCUCUGGACCGUACCAUUUGGAGGUAAAAGGCGGGGUUUAAUCCACCCUGAUGCUGCGAGGUUGUGAGCGAGUUCCAAACCUUUAGAGGUCAAAUGCUCUCAUCAACCGACCGCCGUCCAGACGGAGAGCCAUGGCAUCGAGACUGCCCAGGAAAAAAAGGGAAAUAACAGACAGUUUGUAAAGUAAAACUCUGUACAGCGCAAUCUUCGCAAAAGUUUAGCUAACAAAAAAAAAGAACUUCAAAAUACAUACUAUAUACACCCAAAAGCUUUAUCGCUGCAAAGCCAACCGCACUGCAUGUAACGCAUGCGAUUUUUAGUGUAGACACUGCAAAGUUCAGGAUAUCAGGAAACGGAAAAAGCGAUUGAAUGGAUACAUAUACUUGCUAUGCCAUUUUGUAACACUUAUUUUUUAUAUGAAUACGUUGUCAUGGUUUUUUGCAUGGUUUGCAUGAUAAUGCACCAUCAUGGGAUGGAGGGUGACAAUGGAACCAAAAGUCUCCUUUGUCUUUGUUUUGUGUGUCCGAUGUGUGUGUGUGUGUGUGUGUGUGUGUGUCCGAUGUGUGUGUGUGUGUGUGU